UGUAUAUUUGCCAACGGAUGAGCCUCAUGGGACCAUUGAAGCAACAUUGAGCCGGCCUCUCUCUAAGCUUUAACAAUGGCGAAGAUGGCCUCGUUGAUUGGCCGUGCCGCCGCGGGCGCCGCUGCUCGGCGUGGUUUCGAGACCCGACAUCUGGCUUUCCAUCGCCGGAGACUCUUUGCUUCUUCUUCUCAUUGUUCAACACUUGAACCCCCCGACGUACGCCUCCUCGCCGAUGCAGCCCGCAUAUCGCUUUCCGCGAAAGAGGUGGAGGAAUUUGAACCUAAGAUCCGUCAGGUCAUUGAAUGGUUUGGACAGCUUCAAGCUGUUGACCUUGAAUCCGUUCAGCCUUCAUUUCGUGCUGUUACUGAACUCAAUGCAGACCUCAGAGAAGACUCACCAGAAACAUUCCAAAACAGGGAGGCAAUAUUGGCACAAGUGCCAAAUUAUGACAGCCCCUACAUCAACGUUCCCAAAAUCAUAAACAAGGAGUGAGGUGAAGAUAUCUAUUUAUUUCUUUUCAGUUUUUUUCUUAGAAUUUUAAUAUUUAAUUUGUGCUCAAUUACCUUGAACUUCUUAUUACUCUGUAAUGUAUAUUUAUAACACUUUAAUAUUAAAGAUUAGGACUUUUGAGUGGCUAUGCAUGUAAAUAUG